GACCUCACUCCAGAUAACACUCACCCACUCACCCACUCACCCACUCAUCUAUCACCUCAAUUUCUAUUUUAUAUUGCACGACUCAAUCAUGUCCCCCUGAUUCAAAGACACUUCCAAUCCACUUUAUCAGGACUUUAUCCUCUAUUCAUUCCUGGGCUUUGCACACUGUGGUGCACCGCACAUCCAGCUAAACAGGCCUAUCACUGGGUAUACUAUACCUGCUACUCAUGUUGCGACAACGAAUUCACUUUUGUUGUCGUUAAUGCAACCCGAAAAUACGCCUCCGCAACUAAAAUUCGAGUCAACCAACCUUCAAUCUUCCAACUAUCACUCUGCGACUACUAUCUGGUUUCAACAAGCAUAUAUCAUCUCAAACGAUCCAAAAGCACAAGAAAGUUCCGAUGGUUGUUUUGUAAAUAGUAAAGGACCCUUGGGAGGACGAGCAAUUAUUUAAAGAGAAGGAUAGAUAGAAUUGAACAAGAUGGAACCCCCAAGGACAAUGGAGUCCAAUCACCGACCAGAUGCAAUGCGACCAGAGCCUGGUUCAACUUUGAUUGUAAUCCAUGAUUUUUCUGCGCGCAGUUCUGAUGAGCUCAGCUUAUCAAAAGGAGAUCGGGUCGAAUUAAUAGAGAGAGAUGAUGAAUUUGGGGAUGGAUGGUACCUUGGAAGGAGUUUAGUAAACGGAUCGAGUGGUUUAUUCCCAGAAGUCUAUACCCGAUUAGCUCCUCGCGGAAACCCUUCCCAUCCAAAUCUUUCGACAUUGUCGAUGUCUCAACUCGGGGUUCUGCAAAAUCCGCUGCCUCAACCAUCCCUUCAAAAGCCUCUUCAGACGAUUGCGCAGAGUCCUUCUGGUGAGACGACAGCUCUGCCCGAGACCUCAGGAGAUCUUCCGGAUAUUCUCUCUACAGAUCGAUUGUCCUCAUCUCCAACCUCAAUUGAAUCUCCAACAAACGUUACCCCAAAAAUAUUAUCACCACUGAGUGCAGUGAGUGCGAGCUCGGCUGCGAAAUCUCAUGCCCACGGUCAGGAUAGUCCAGUCAUGAACGAAACUCUAAGUGUGAUUGACGAGCAUAUAACAGAUAUGAACCAUAUCGUUGGUUCUGUGCCGAAAUCGAUCAACGAUUCAGGAAGCGAAUAUAGUAGCCAUCACAAUGAUGCAAGAAUGUCAUAUAUCAAUGGCGAGGAAACGGACGAAGAAGAGGAAGACAUGCACACUCUCGAAGAGGUCAAUAUAUGGUCAUCCGAGCAAGUCGCAGAAUACUUGUUUACCGUAGGAGUUGAUAAGAAGCACUGUGAAGUGUUUCGAGAUCAAGAAAUCUCAGGGGAUGUCCUCUUGGGCAUGGACCAAACAUCGGUUUUCUUGAAGGAAUUUGAAUUAGGUUCUGUUGGGCGAAGACUCAAAACAUGGCAAAAAAUUAAAGCCCUCCAAGACGAAGUAAAUGGUGAAACUCCAACAAGAAGGAACACUGGUACAUAUGCUGGUAGUGAAAUUGGCUCUGAGGAUGGCGGCCGCCGCGUUCGUAGUGGUGCUUCAUCCACAAUGCUACCAAGAAACCUCAGCUUGAGUAACCGACCUGGGUCGUCAUCAAAUAAUAUUCGGCAAUCUCAUCAGCGUGCCCAAAGAAACGACUCUAUCACAACCUCGUCUCCAAUAUCUCCCAAAACUCCGCAGGGCAGUCCAAGAGUUCCAGGGGAAAAGAGACCUUCUGCUGCAUCAAUCAGGGAUUUACAUCAUUCUAGACAAAGUUCUGUUGGUGAAUUCAGUACCACUCAUUCACUAGUGAGUGCAAUUGCAGCAGAUAAAUCCCAAGGUGUAUCUUCACACCGGAAGCAAGCCUCAUUUAACAAAGAUUGGUCACUUGGUGAUGCGACAUCCGCCAUAUCCCAACGACCUGUAUCUUCGAAUCGCCCGUUAUCGUCGGCUGGUCUCACGGAAAUUACCACCAAGGGAUCUGCUGAUCAGCCAUCUGAAAUUAUAGCCCCCCCAACUAAUUUAGAUACUGAUCGAGGAUAUUUCUCGGGUGGUGAAUUGGAGGGUCGGCAAAGGAACGUGCUACGUAAGAGAGGUAGCACAGGUGGACACUCUAGAAAUUCUAGUUACACUGAUGAGCAAAGAAUAAGGACUGCAACAACAAAUUCGAGACAUUCCAGAUUUGGCAGUGCCGAUUUAGUAAGAGAGACGACACCACCCACAGCAGCACAAAAAUAUUACGGCUUAUCUGUCAACGGCCGUCGAAGAACCCCUUCCGAAAGUUCCGUCAAUUCACCCCCUCGACCAGUACCACCACCGAAGGACGAUUUUCCACUCGUUACCAGACUUCAGCCAGAAAGAUCUAUGGAUAGCAUAGUAUCGCCCAAAUCGCCAAGUCUCCAACAAAAUUACCCUAACGAUCGGUUGUUACCUGUUAAACCAACAGGGUCCUCUAGCCAUUUCAGCAUGCGUGCAAUAUCUGAUGCUGUCACCGGCCGUGAGAAAUCUCGUAUUACUUCACCAACCGAAACGGUAUCAUCCUCAACAAAAGAAUCCCCACUUCAAUCCCCUUCGAGAACUGGUUCGAGCACACCUUCAGCUGGCCCAAGCUUCGAACUUGAUCCUGCAGAUGAUAAAACGGCUAUGAUUAAUCCAAAGGCAUCGAGAAAGAAGUCCAAGAAGGAAACUAGUGCCUACACGCGGGGGCUCGAAAAGAAAACGCCCCAAGAACAGAUGGUUGGUGCAGAUUACAGUGGAUGGAUGAAAAAGAAAAGUUCAAAUCUUAUGACAACAUGGAAACCUAGACUUUUUGUUUUGAAGGGCCGCCGGCUGUCAUAUUACUACUCGGAGACUGAUGAUCAGGAGAAAGGAUUGAUCGAUAUUUCAUUCCAUCGAGUCUUGCCAGCUGACACUGAUCGCCUUACUGGCCUUCAUGCUACUCUCACCGGUGCAACGAACAGCCCUACAAGCCCAAUCAAUGCCCAAGGAACUAUUGCAUCAGCGGAAGCAGAUGCCGAACCAGAAUCCACAUUAAGCAAAAGUGGCGGUGAUUCUAUGUUCAUUUUCAAACUCGUACCACCACGAGCUGGUCUUUCUAGAGCUGUCAACUUCACCAAACCUACUGUGCACUACUUCGCAGUGCCAAAUAUCAAACAGGGUAGAUUAUGGAUGGCUGCACUAAUGAAAGCUACCAUUGACCGAGACGAUUCCAAACCUAUAACCACAACUUAUCAACAAAAGACUAUUUCUCUUGCAAAAGCCCGACAAAUGCGACACCGUCCUCCAGCACUUAUGAACCUUGAUGAAAAAGUUGAAGAGGAGACAUUGAAGACUCCGGCAAGCGAUAAGCAUGGUCUCAAUAUACAUGGUAUCAUCUUCGAUCGCGACGAGGGUGAUAGUGGCGUUUCUGGGGUUUCGAAACGAGAGAGCGCAGAUACAAGGACUAGUCAUGUACCGGAUGGUACGGGCAUAAGUAAUACCUACUCGCCAGAUGUCGAUGUUCCAGAACCACAAACUGCUUAAGAUGGUACUUGGAAGGCUGCACAAACGAUGAUGAUUGAGAUGUUCACACGCAUUCGAUUCAUUACGACUGAUGGACAAACGCAAGGAAGCACAUCGAAUCUAUUUCCUUUUCACUACUUCACUUCACUUCACAUUUCUUCUUUUUAUCUAAUUUUUUCGAGCAAUUCUUCGUUGUUGGCUCGAUACCAAUAAUAUCUGCCAAGACGUCGAAAGAUGCAUACAAUUUCAGAUAUCUAUAUAAUAUACCCCGUUCUAAUUCUGGUGUGGUGUGCAUAUGGUGGGAAUUGGGUGGUGGGAUAUGGGUCGCUUUGACAGGGAAAUGGAAGGGAAUUCAGGUCGGGUUGGGGAUGGGUCGAAAGAAUGGAAUGGAUGAGUUUGGCGAGGAUAGGUUGGUUGGGUCGGCUGAAUGGAUUGGAGAAACAAAGUUACAUCAACUACCUUUUCUUUUUUUUUUUCUUUACAACACACAUCGGCGUCACACAUACCCUCUCGAUAGUUGAGGAAGGUUAUUUGAAAGGGAGACAGAAAUGGAUGGAUUGAUGGAGGGAGAAUAAAUCAAUGGCAUGGUAGGAUGAUAGGAUUGAUGAUUUGCCUUUUGGAAAGGUUGCAUUAUCAAAAUUUGUGAGUUUAGAGGGUGGAAAGAGAUGAGUGUAGAGUGGGAAGGAAGGAGAUGAAAUAUGAAAGGUAUGGAGAAUGAGAUUUAUGUAGCGCAUUGAAGUGGAAUGAAAUAAAAUGAAACGAGUGAAAAUUUCA